AUGGGUGCAGGAAGUUUAAUGGAAAUUGUUAAAAGAAAAUUGAGUGGUAAGAAAACCGAGUUCUCGGAAGAGUUACAAAAGUUUGCGGUAACAUUGCAGUAUUACUCAAGUAAAGCAUAUAACUUUGUAAGAAAACAGUUUUCAAACAUUCUACCCCAUCCUAGGACUAUAUCAAAUUGGUAUCAAAAUAUAAGUGGUGAGCCAGGUUUUACUAAUGAAUCAUUCCAAACACUUAAACAGAAAGUCCAAGAAGGAAAUCAUGUAAUUUGCAACUUGGUAGUGGAUGAGAUGUCAAUUAAAGAUAAGUUAGAAUUUGAUGGGAAAAAAUUUCAUGGAUUAAUUGAUAUGGGUACUGAUGUUGUUAUCGAUAGCGAUAAUGUUGAUCAUGCAACUAAUGCACUCGUAUUUUUGGUGAAAAAUAAAUGGAUUCAAGCAGUGAAGCGAAAAGGCUCUAACAAUCAACUAUGGGAACCUAAUCAAAACUCACGAAUAUGUUGUGAACAUUUUUUUGAUGGUAAACCAUCCAAACACCCAAAUAGUCCAUCAUUCUAUCCAACAAUAUUUCCUAAAAUAUACAAACAAAAAGUUCCAGCACAUCAAAAAGAUAAACUUUUGCUAUCAUUAGUGAAGUUAAAACUAGGAAUCAGUUUUACAUCAAUUUCAAUAUUCUUUAAUCUACACUGGUCCACAUGUUCAAGAAUUUUUAAAAAUGUUUUAAAAAUGCUCGCAGUUGCUACAAAAAAAAUUGUGUUCUGGCCUAGUAAAAAACCUAUCAUUUCCACUUUACCACAAUCUUUUAAACAGCAUUAUCCAAAUUGUAGGGUUAUUAUUGACUGUACAGAAAUCAAAACUGAACAAUCACCACAUGUUGAUCAAAGAGCAUUCAUGUACUCUCUCUAUAAAUCUGCAUACACUUGUAAAUUUUUAGUUGGAAUAGCUCCAUGUGGUAUGAUCACUUUUGUUUCAAAAGCUUAUGGUGGUAGAGCCAGUGAUAGUUUCAUCACUAAUGAUAGUGGUUUGUUAAAUUUAUUAGAACCUGGGGAUCAAGUAAUGGCUGACAAGGGAUUUCCUGGGAUAAAAACUAGUAUGGAUGAAAAAAAUUCUAUUUUAGUUAUGCCCCCCUUUAUGCACAAUGGAGUUUUUACUGAAGAUGAAAUUAUACAAACUUAUAAUAUUGCUAGUGUUCGAAUUCAUAUUGAAAGAUCUAUUCAGAGAAUUAAAAUUUAUAAUAUACUUCAGAAAAUUCCCAUUGAACUUUUGGAAUGUAUUGAUGAUAUAAUAUUUGUGAGUUGUGUAAUGACAAAUUUACAGCCUCCUAUUAUUAAACCAAACCCCUAA